AUGGCAGAACUCACUGCUGAUGCCGACUCCGAUGCCGGUGAAACGUCUGAGAAUGUACCAAGUCCACGGUCUGAUGGUGGUAAUUAUGAUAACUACUGUGGCAGAGGACUUCGGACUAGGUGCGCUCUGCUAAGUCGCCCUUACAACAAGACCAAGUUGCGACAACGAGGUCAACCCACUUCUAUAGACGCUAUUUUGAUGACUACUUGGCACUCUGGUCGCAUGUAA